AAAUCAAAAUGAUACAUGAAGGGUGUCAUAAACAGUAGUAAUUCUGCAGAGAUAUAAUAGAAACUCAAACACUUGCUUACAUUACACACUCACUCCCUGACUUACCCUUCAUUUCAUUUAUUGCAUUGGGUCCCUCUCUCUCUUAUGCUUUAUAAUUUUAUCUCCUUUACUAUAUAUAUUUUGUAUUUGUAUGUACAUGUCUCCAUUUGCAAUUCACGACAACGUGGACUGCAGGUGCUGACUAGUAUUUCGACAUUUUAUUAUCUUCAAACACUACAAGACAACAAUUCACUCUUCUCUACUCUAAAAAACCCCUUCAAAUCAUUCAUUUUCCAUUACUCUUUUUCACAAAGAAUGAUGCAUCGUUCAUCUCAAGGGCAACACGUGAUGGGACACUGUUCAUGUGGUAUGUUUCAUGGACAAAACAACUCAUUCUCAAUGUUAUUCUCCUCCUCUACACCUUAUGAUCAUGAACCUGAAACAUAUUGCUUCACUCCUAAUUCUUCAUCUUCUUCUGUUGAUUGUACUCUUUCACUUGGAACACCAUCCACUCGUUUCACUGAAGAUGAAGAGAAAAGAACCCGACAUCAUGAACGUCGUUCUGUCAAAAAUUUCUGUUGGGAUUUGUUAACACCUAAACAGUACAACAGUACUCAGUCUCAAACAAAGGCAACACGUGCAAGUACCAAUAAUAACAACAAUGAUUCUCUUCUUGCUCGUAGAUGUGCAAACUGUGACACCACCUCCACACCGCUUUGGAGGAACGGCCCUCGAGGCCCAAAGUCAUUAUGCAAUGCAUGUGGGAUCAGAUUCAAGAAGGAAGAGAGAAGAGCAACUUCUGCCGCUGGCACAGCGACAGCGCCAUCUAUUGGCGUAAUGGAGUCAGCUUCGAUGUAUAACCACCACCACCAUCACAACAACAACAACAACUCAUGGUACGUACAACCACAGAACCAGAAGAUGCAGUGUUUCUCUCCGGCAAUUACUAACGAGUUCCGUUUCAUUGAUGAAACCAAUCAUGAUUCUGAAAAUGGCAUUCCAUUUCUCUCUUGGAGACUCUGAUAGAACAAGCCUCGUUCAUGAAAAAUAUUAAUAAUAAUGUUAUAAUAGUAAUAGAUUUAGUAAAGCAGCUAGGACGGUCAAGACCAAUGAUAAUGAUAUGUAGAAGAUGUUUUUGAUUGCGAUGGUUCUAUGGUAUCGUCACAUGAUGUUUUUUUUUUUUUUUUUUUCAUUUUAUUUGCUUCCUUUGAUGGAGUGAGAAUGUGAGAUAAUUCUAUA